AUUGGCUCCCUCGCUUUCACGUUAUUUAAACUUAUAAUUCUCCUCUCUUCUUUUAUUUUCUUCACUCUGGACGACAAAUAUCUCUCUGAACAGUCUGAGUCAAUUUGUAGUAUAUCAAACAUUUUAGAUAAUUAACUUGCAGAAAAAUGGCAAAACCAGAGCUACCACGGGGCUACUUAGGAGCUCAACCAAAGUUUGGUGAUGUUGGACUAAGCACACUUAGUCAUGAUAAUCCUGAGAUUACUUUGGAUACUAACGAGGUUGAGAUCAAAUUUCGAACAAGAUUCCCUGUAAAGGUGACAGCAAACCUAGUAAACUGUAUCACCCAACAAGAAUCGUCGGACACUAUUUUUACACAGACACAGGGAGAUGUCGUCAGUUUCAUCGUUAAGAUGUCGUCCGUGGGAUAUCAUAAAUUUCAGAUUUUCGCACUUAAGGCUUCAGAUGAUAGUAAAACUCUUCCAGGAGUAUACAAUUAUCUUCUAAACUGCACAAGACUGUCUCAUCGGGUCUUACAGUUCCCUAAACAAUAUGCUCAAUGGAAGCAGGGCUGUUACUUGACCGAACCACUGACCAUUGACCCUGAUGGAUCAUUGAAUGACAUCAGAUUCCGGGUCUUGGUCCCAGGUGCAAAUGCGGUAGCCGUAACUGUUGGCGAUAGCUGGACACAAUUAAAAGAUAUUGGGCAGAACAACUGGGAGGGAAGUGCAUCAGCAGCGAGGGGAGAUAGACUAACAUUGAACGUUAAUUACGCUGGUAAAGAUAAUACGAAAUACGCUACUCUGCUGGAAUAUUCUUUGUAGGAACUUUUAUUUAAUUUUCACUUAUUAUCAACUAUAGGGCUUUGAAAUGUUUUAUAGCAGCAAUAACUUUUUAAAUUAACAUUUAACUUGUUUUAUGAAGAGACAAUCUGUCUGUGCAAAUAAAGGUUGGGUUAUACCAAUACAAUAUUAUUAGUGAUA